CUUGUGAACGAAAUAUCUACCCUCCGUCGUCACGCUGAGGCAAAGUUCCCUGGCAAGUAUCGGAAAUGGGCCAAAGAACAUUCGUUUGAGUCAAUGCUUCCUGGUGACGUCAAGGCCCGCAAGGACAAACAGCAGAGCAUUAAUGCGCAUCUGACUGAGCAGAAGCUCACUGAAAAAGUGGUUUCAUAUUCGGAUAAGUUGUUCAAACAGGCUGCGAUCGAGUGGCUUGUGGCCACUGACCAGCCAAUUCAAGCACUCGAGCAUCCGAAGUUCAAAGAAAUGAUUGAUGUCGCUGCUCGAGCAACCAAUGGCGUCAAAAUUCCAGGCAGGAAGGCGACUCGUGCACAGAUAGUGAGAAUGUUCAAAGCUCAUCUUACAGGGCUCAGGAAUAGACUCAAUGUA